GCAUGCGCGAGGUGUCAAGGCAGGCCCGGGCCAGGACCGGCCGGCCCAUCCUCGCCGGCCCAGCCUGAAUUCAUCAUCCGGAUCUCUAAGGAGGAAAGGAGAAAUCCCCUUGCCCAUUUUGUUAGAAGGGAAGAUGGAAAACGAGCCAGAGCGUGAAAGGGUGGAAUCAAGUGCCUGCCCCUUUGGUCCCGAAGAUGACCUGAAUAGGUCGCUGGGUCAGGAGGCCUCGCUUCUGAAGUUCGCCUACAUAGAUCUGGACAAGGAACUGGAUCUUAAACCCGAGCCGAUUGACGACAAGGAGUUCGAUAUUCCUCAAGUUGAUACCCCUCCAACCCUGGAAAGCAUCCUGAAUGAGACCGAUGAUGAAGACGAGUCCUUUGUUCUUGAAGACCCUUCCCUGCUAAACAUCGACACCACCGACACCCACUCGUAUGACACAUCGUCGGUGGCCAGCUCAGAUAGCGGCGACAGGACCAACCUGAAGAGGAGGAAGAAACUUCCCGAUUCUUUCUCCCUUCAUGGAUCAGUUAUGCGACAUUCGCUUUUGAAGGGGAUUUCUGCCCAAAUAGUCUCUGCAGCUGACAAAGUAGAUGCCGGCUUACCUACUGCAAUAGCAGUGUCCAGUCUGAUUGCAGUGGGCACUUCCCAUGGAUUGGCGCUCAUCUUUGGAAAAGAUCAGAACCAAGCUCUGCGGCUCUGCCUGGGCAGCACUACCGUGGGGUGUCAGUAUGGUGCCAUCUCCGCUCUCAGUAUCAACAGCGACUGCUCAAGACUUCUCUGCGGCUUUGCGAAAGGACAGAUCACCAUGUGGGAUCUAGCCAGCGGGAAACUUUUGAGAUCAAUAACAGAUGCUCACCCCCCAGGAACAGCCAUUUUGCACAUCAAGUUCACAGAUGACCCAACGCUUGCGAUUUGCAACGACAGCGGAGGUUCCGUGUUCGAGCUGACAUUUAAGAGGGUGAUGGGAGUGAGGACGUGUGAGUCUCGAUGUCUGUUCAGCGGCUCCAAGGGCGAAGUUUGCUGCAUCGAGCCCCUGCACGCCAAGACGGAACUGAGAGACCACCCCAUCACCCAGUACUCGCUGCUGGCCAUGGCGUCCCUGACCAAGAUACUAGUGAUCGGAUUGAAACCAUCUUUGAAAGUGUGGAUGACUUUUCCCUACGGACGGAUGGAGCCCUCCAGCGUUCCCCUCCUGGCCUGGCACUUCGUCGCCUUACAGAAUUCCGUGAAUCCCAUGCUGGCCUUCUGCAGGGGAGACGUCGUUCAUUUUCUUCUGGUCAAGAGAGAUGAAUCUGGGGCCAUUCAUGUUACUAAGCAAAAGCAGCUUCACCUGCACUAUGACCUCAUCAACUUCACGUGGAUAAACUCGCGCACGGUCGUGCUCCUGGACAGCGUGGAGAAGUUGCACGUGAUCGACCGGCAGACUCAAGAGGAACUGGAGACGGUGGAAAUUUCAGACGUUCAGCUCGUCUACAAUAGCAGCCACUUCAAAUCCCUGGCCACGGGAGGCAAUGUCAGCCAAGCCCUGGCUCUGGUUGGGGAGAAGGCCUGCUAUCAGUCUAUCAGUAGCUACAGUGGCCAGAUCUUUUAUUUAGGCACCAAGUCUGUUCAUGUGAUGAUGUUGAGGAGCUGGAGAGAGAGAGUGGAUCACAUGCUGAAACAAGACUGCCUGACGGAAGCCCUGGCUCUAGCGUGGUCAUUUCACGAAGGGAAAGCCAAAGCGGUCGUCGGCCUGACGGGGGACGCCGGCAAGAGAAAGGCCGUCGUGGCAGAUCGGAUGGUAGAAAUCCUAUUCCAUUAUGCUGAUAAAGCUUUGAAGAAAUGCCCGGACCAGGGCAAAAUCCAAGUGAUGGAGCAACAUUUCCAGGAUAUGGUGCCUGUCAUAGUUGAUUAUUGCCUUCUGCUUCAGCGCAAGGAUCUCUUAUUUAGCCAGAUGUAUGACAAAUUAAGUGAAAAUUCAGUGGCUAAGGGGGUCUUUCUGGAAUGCCUCGAGCCAUACGUUUUAAAUGAUAAAUUAGUGGGGAUCACAGCCCAGGUGAUGAAAGAUUUGCUGGUUCACUUUCAAGAUAAGAAAUUAAUGGAGAAUGUGGAAGCGCUGAUCGUGCACAUGGAUAUCACCAGCCUAGACAUUCAGCAGGUAGUUCUCAUGUGCUGGGAAAAUCAUCUGUACGAUGCCAUGAUCUAUGUCUACAACAGCGGCAUGAAUGAAUUCAUUAGUCCUAUGGAGAAACUCUUCAAAGUUAUUGCUCCUCCUCUCAGUGCAGGAAAGUCCCUGACAGAUGAACAGGUUAUUAUGGGCAACAAGCUUCUUGUGUAUAUAAGCUGCUGCCUGGCAGGUCGAGCCUAUCCCCUCGGCGACAUCCCAGAAGAUCUCGUCCCUCUGGUUAAAAACCAGGUCUUCGAAUUUCUCAUCCGCCUCCACUCAGCUGAGGCUUCCCCUGAGGAAGAAAUCUACCCUUACGUCCGCACACUCCUGCACUUCGAUACCAGGGAAUUCCUCAAUGUGCUCGCACUGACUUUUGAAGAUUUUAAAAAUGAUAAGCAAGCAGUGGAGUAUCAGCAACGAAUUGUGGAUAUCUUGCUGAAGGUUAUGGUGGAGAACUCCGACUUUACCCCUUCGCAAGUUGGAUGCCUUUUUACUUUCCUCGCCCGGCAGCUUGCGAAGCCAGACAACACACUGUUUGUGAACAGGACCCUUUUUGAUCAGGUCCUCGAAUUUCUCUGUAGCCCUGAUGAUGACUCACGGCACUCUGAAAGACAGCAGGUCCUCUUAGAACUGCUGCAAGCCGGAGGCAUAGUACAGUUCGAAGAGAAUCGGCUUAUCCGAAUGGCAGAAAAGGCAGAAUUCUAUCAAAUUUGUGAAUUCAUCUACGAACGGGAACACCAGUAUGAAAAAAUUAUCAAUUGCUACUUACGUGAUCCACUGAGAGAGGAAGAAGUUUUUAAUUAUAUUCACGACAUUUUGUCGAUUCCUGGGUACAGCGUCGAGGAGAAACAGUCUGUGUGGCGAAAAGCUAUGGACCGUAUGGAGGAACUGGUGAAGCUGAAUCCCUCCAAGGCUGCAGAGUUGGUUGCCACCCACUUCAUGGAACAAAUCGAAGCAGUUAUCCAAAAACUCCAGAACCAGUUUUUGCUUUUCCAGUUUCUGAGGAGUCUUCUUGACCCAAGGGAAGGAAAUCAUGUGAAUCAGGAACUGCUGCAGGUUUCUCCAUUUAUCAGUGAACAGUUCAUUGAGCUGCUGUGUCAAUACAGCCCUAACCAGGUUAGAGAGACCCUGCAGGUGCUGGAAUGCUACAGACUAGAGGAAACCAUUCAGAUUACUCAGAAGUAUCAGCUCCUUGAAGUCUCGGCCUACCUCCUGGAGAAGAAAGGAGAUGUGCAUGGGGCUUUCUCAGUAAUGCUUGAGAGACUACAGAGCAAACUGUUGGAGCUCACACAUGAAAAUGAGACGGACCCGUCCCUAAAGGAUGUUGAAGAUGUCUUGGGAGAAACGAUUGCCCUUUGCCAGAGAAAUUCACAUAGUUUAAAUCAGCAGCAGCGAGAGGCCUUGUGGUUUCCGCUGUUGGAGGCAAUGAUGGCCCCUCAGAAGCUGUCCGACUCCGGAGCCCCACAUCCACAGACUGACUCUCUGAAGCGUCUGACGAUGCAGGUGCUGAAUAGCAUGGCGGCGUUUAUUGCCCUGCCAUCCAUCUUACAAAGGAUCCUACAGGAUCCGAUUUAUGGAAAAGGAAAACUUGGAGAAAUCCAGGGUCUUAUUCUGGGAAUGCUGGACACCUUUAACUAUGAACAGACACUCCUGGAAACCACCACUAGCCUCUUAAACCAUGAUCUCCAUUGGUCACUCAGUAACUUGAGAGCAUCGAUCACAAAAGGAUUAAAUCCCAAACAGGAUUACUGCUGUAUAUGUCUGCAGCAGUAUAAGAGGCGACAAGAAAUGGCCGAUGAAAUCAUUGUCUUUAGCUGUGGUCACCUGUACCACUCCUUCUGCUUGCUGAACAAAGAGUGCGGCAUAAACACCGAGGGCCAAAUAAGGUGGAUUUGCUACAAAUGCAAUUCAAGUAACAAAGCUGGGAAGCUAAGUGAAAGUGCACCGGAGAUGAAAAAAGGAAGACUAACUCAAGCCCAGGCCAAAGUGUCACCAGCUUAUCAUUCACCCCGAAUGGAUUCUGCUGCUAAAAAGGGAGGCUCAGAGCCGAUUUUGGAUCCACAGCAAAUCCAGGCUUUUGACCAGCUCUGUCGCCUCUUCCGAGGACCUUCUAGGCUGGCCCUCCUGACGGAGCUGUCCCAGACCCGCAGAAGCGAGAGCCACGGCCUGCUCGGAGCUGCCCAGAGGGGUCCGGCCCCCUACAGCGUCUUCCAGAAUGAAAACUUCCAGCUGCACCUCACCCCUCCUCCUCUCACCGAGGACUGAAGGCUUUCCCGGGUCGACCAGCCCCCCGACCCCAGGAAGAUUCCCGGGAGGAUCUCUGGUCCCCCCGGCCCCCCCCCCAUGAUCCCCAUCCGCCGGGUGGCCACGUCGCGCUCCGAAGCCUCCAUUCCCACCUCUUCACCCCUUCCCAUGGGUUCCUUCCUGGCACACUCCCCACCGAGGGAUUUCGUGGUUUUCCGGACGAGCAGGAGGGUGUCACGGCGUCUCCGUCCUGGCUCGGACAGCAGCGGGAAAGGAUGGGUUCUUCCCCCGGAAGCGCGGUGUCCUUGCAUUUCUGGCCUAGUGGUCCCCCGGCCCCAGCCAGGGGGUGAAGCCGGAUCCAAGGGAAAGGGGACGGGAUGCCUGGGGGACAGCUCUGGAUCCAACCAGGUUGCGUUCCUUGUCCCCGGGGGACUUACCUUACUCAUGUGACCUUCCUCGAGGGUCGGCGGAGCAGGGCGGCGCCUGGCCGUCGAUGGGCCUCGACAGAACUCGGCCAACCAGAAGGCGGCUACCGGAGGGGCGUCUUCGGGACUGGCACUCGGGGGACGGUUGGCAGGAGCCAGUGAAGGGACCGGACUGUAGUGGGCUCGGUUAGAGUUUCAUCGCUCGCUUUUUCCAAUAAAUAGCUGUCUCCACCUUC